AUGCUUAUGCCCGAGCUUCUUCCAGAUGGCGCGCUGCGGUUGGCCGGGGAGAUCUGCAGCAGGAUGGUGGCAGCAGGAGGUUGCUCACAGCUCGUGGAGACGUACAGGAAAGUACGGGGAGGCUUCCUGAAGCAGGCAGUUGAGUCGCUGAACAGCCACCUGGCUGGCGGGGCGGUGGCAACAGCAGUGGGCGGAAUGGGGUGGAGCGACCUGGAGCUCACCAGCAAGCAGUGGGCUCAGCACAUGUACCUUCUGGUGGGCGUGGUGUGGGGCAUGGAACGGCAGUGCCUCGAGGACAUCCUCCCCCCAUCCAUCCCCGCCCAUACCCCCCUCCUUCGCACCCUCCUCUCUUCCCUCCUCCUCGACGGCCAUGUCAUCUCCUCGCUGCACUCUCUCGCCCAAUCAGCUGCCGCCAUCUGUCGCCGUGGGCUGCCUCAGCAGCUGUUCUCGCUGCUGGAGAUGCUGCAGGCGCUGCAGGAGGUGCUGCCUGAGCUGCAGGAGGACCUUUGCAGCGUGGGCCUGCACUCAGAGUGGCGCUCGUUACAGUCACUCCCGCUCACCCUCUCCCUCGCUUCGCUACAGUCACUGCAGGCCAUGCACAGCAGCAUCGUUCGAGCCGGUACCCUCCCCACCCCAGAGGGGAGUCCAGGGGGGGGAGGAGAGAGAGCAGGGGAGAGAGGAGGGGAGAGAGGAGGGGAGAGAGGAGGGAACGAGGAAGAGGGGGAGCGGGGUGGCACGCCUAGGGAUGGCAGAAAGAGUAAGUCAGCUAUGGCGUCAAGUGCUACAGCUAACAGCCCGAGAGAAAGAGCUGCAGCAUCGAGCCCCAGGUUCGGCGCCACAGCCGCCAGCCCCAAGCCCAGGCCCAGCGUUGCAGUCCCUGGCAGCACCAGUCCACCGCAUGGCGCUACAGCCGCUAGCCCCCGUGUUGCUGGUGCUACAGCUUCCAGCCCAAGAUGGGGCGCUACAGCCGCUUUAGGCGCUACAGCCGGCCUGGGUGCUACACCUGCUAGCCCAAGGUGGGGUGCUGCAGCAGCCCUGGGCGCUACAGCCGCGUUCAGCGCUACAGCCGCGGCUCUCGUGAGCCCGAGAGUGCGUGGGGCAGUCAGGGCGCUCACUCGCCGGGCCUCAGACGCGUCAGUGCUGGCCAAUAGCGACGCGCCAGAUGGCGGAAGGGCGGCAGCGCCAGCUGGAGGCGGCGUGGACCCGAUCACAAGCUACGUGUGUAACUUCAUACGAAGCUUCCUCUCCCCGAACUCGUGGGGAGGGUGGAGGCAGGGGGGACUCCAGCAGGCGUUUGCUGAUGCCAAGGGGAACGGCAGGCUGGACCUGGCUCUAGCCAUCUCCACGUUCAUCGAUGGGAGCACCCUUCAGAAGCAUGUGGCUGCCUUCCAGACUUGUGCUCUUAGCAAGGCAAUAGCAGCCAUGUCAGACCGCCCACGUCCGCUAGACUUUGUCCCUGAGUGCACCAAGCCUGCAUCGUCCCUUUGGCCCUUCUCCCACUCGGAUGGGGGUGAUCACGAGGUGCUGGCUAUGAGCGAGCUACUCAGGCUGAGGGCGUUCAACAGGGCGAUGGAGGAGCUGGUGGAGGCUCAGAAGCGGUGGGCCAUCCCGGAUGCUGCGCUGCGACUGCGUGUCUGCACCGCCUGGGCUGCUUGCCUCAAAGAUAGAUACCGCAAGCUGCUGCAGCCACGCUGCCAGGGCAGCACUUCGACGGUCACCGCACAUUUGUCGGCGGGCAGUUUGUCGGAAAUGCCCGUUUGGCGCAACGAUUUGGAUGCAAGGCCUCUCUAG